UUUUGGUAGGUUAGAGCACAAGCUUAGGUUGGGUUGGGGUCGAAUGUCACUGUUUGUUGUCAAAUUGCUGGCACUUGUCUUUAUCUAUGCCUGGGAUCCCCCUUUGUGCGGUAUUUUCUCAAUUAAUUUCCUCAAACCUGUGCUUCAAACUAAGAGCAAACCGCCUAUUAAGUUUAAGUGAAAAAGCGCCCUAGUGGAGAUCUGAAGGGAAAGUUGCGCUUUGCGCAGGUGAAUGAGCGGCUAAACGGUAGUCUCAAAUAUCGCGACAAGAAAACGCUAAAGAAAAUCAUCCGUGAACUAAAUAUAUUUCUAAUAAUAAAAUCUAUAAUUAGAGCCAUACUCAUAUGCCGAAUCUAUUUUGCUAAAAAUACCCGAAAUUCAGCAGUUUUGCUCGCAAUAUCAGUUCGUGCCAUAUCGCGGCGCUGAAACUGCACUUUGCCGUUCAACUGCGCUGAUUAAUCUCAAAUGUGUUAUCAAGAAUAAAAGAAAGCCCGUGAUUGCCUUGUGACCAAGUGUUCAGUGCCAGACUAUUCAAAUCAUUGUGGAAUAUCCAAGACAAUGGAUGCAAACGUGGAGAAGGAAAUGUGCAAUAAUUGCAAAAAAGAGAUCCCGCAGCCCAACUAUGUGAUGCACACAAUGCACUGUGCGCGGAACAUCACGCUGUGCAAAGUGUGCAACGAGCCGAUCCCCAAGCUGGAGUACGAAACUCACAGGGAAACGUGCAGGAAUCGGGAGCCGAAGAAGCCGAGCCCUCCGCCGAUUUCCCUGGAAAACAGCUCCUACUUCCAGCAGCGAAAGGCUGUCGAGGACCGGAAGGCGGAAAUUCGCAAGCAAAGCUACCUGAAAAGGCACGAGCAUCUGAUGGACAAGGGCUUUACCUUGAAGGAAACUGUUGUGAAUGGCUAUGGGAGUGGCAAUAGCAGCAGCAGCAGCCGAAUCUCCCCUAGCGUCAGUGCCAGCCCUAAUGCGGAGAAAACUGGGGCCACAAAAAAGCCCCCCUUAAUCCCCCGGCUGGACGAUUCGCCAGUAGUGAAGCCCAACAAGCAAGGUCUUUUGGCCUGCAGAUACUGCGAGCUGGAGCUCCCCAAGCUGGAGCUGGAGGAGCACGAAAACUACUGCGGGAGUCGCACAGAUAAAUGUCUGGACUGCGGCGAGCUGGUCAUGUUCAAGAACAAGCAGGCCCAUUGGGAGUCCAAUCAUGCCCGCAGCAGGUCCAGGGACGGGACUCCGCCACGUGCCGACAGCCCGGACUCAGAAGAGCUUCCAUGCGAGUUCUGCGCCAACAUGGUGCCCGCCUCGCAGCUAUGGAGACAUCAGCUGAGCUGUACGGCGGCCGCGUAACAAUCCCCUGGUUUCCACGUGUAAACCCGCAUUAUUUUUUUAUUUUUUUCGUAUUUACCUUAGGAAUUGGUUUGCUCGUCUAUAGUGGCUAUUGGCCAGUCAGAUUGGACUUUAAAAGGCCUGUUUCGGGCGCUAAAUGCUUGAGGGUUGACGAUUAUUGGAAGCUGUUCGGAAGGAUGUCUGAAUAUUUAGUUUUUUCUGUAUAUUCGCGAGUUUAAAAGUCCAAACGCUCCCUGGUGGCGAAAAUUGUAACCACAAGUUAACUUGUAAUUUGGCACUUGUUUUGUUGACGUUGGUGUCUACAUCUAAUUGUGAUUUGUUUCGAUCUAAGCAACUUUUGCAAGCUUUUCAUUGUUGCUUUUCUUCAUUCAUUCGCAUUCAUUUUUGUUACAAUUACAACUCACUUUUCGCUUGUCUACCAACUUCAAUAGAUAGGCAGGUCUGACAAGUCUCAACUGUCACUCGGUAACGAGUAAUUUGACGUUUCGCAACGCUCCCAUCGGUAGUUCAACUCGCGAAUUCAACCCAUUGCGGUGUUGCCACGUAGUUUUGCGUUUCCUUUCGGUUAUUUUUGAGUUUAUUUGUUUUAGUAUGGUUGAAGUGAUUUUUUUUAUGAAACAAAAAAUAUACAGAAAGUAGAAUCUUCAGCAGAAUUGCAUGCUCUGCUUAAAAAUUCCUCAUUUUCGAUCUACAGCAAGUCGCGACAUGAAAGUUUCGCAAUCGAUAGGAAACACUUGAGCGUAAAAAUCCUGAAAAUUUUAGUGAAAUCGAUCAACAACUUAAUUUUUUUCGACUGAGUAAAUUGGGCUGGAAAUUAACGCUUCAACCGAAUCGCAUCCUCUGCUUUAAAAAAAUCCUCAUUUUCGAUCUGAUGCAAGUAGCGACAUGAAAGUUUCGCAAUCGAUAGGAAACACUUGAGCGUAAAAAUCCUGAAAAUUUUAGUGAAAUCGAUCAACAACCUAAUUUUUUUCCACUUUGUGAAUAUUGGACUGAAAAUUAACGCUUCAACAGAAUUGCAUCCUCUGCUUUAAAAAAUCCUCAUUUUCGACCUAAAGCAAGUAGCGACAUGAAACUUUUGCAAUCGAUAGGACACACUUGGGCGUAAAAAUCCAAAAAAUUUUCUUGAAAUCGAUCAACCUAAUUUUUUUCGACUGAGAAAAUUGGGCUAGAAAUUAACGCUUCAACCGAAUCGCAUCCUGUGCUUUAAAAAAUCCUCAUUUUCGAUCUGAUGCAAGUAGCGAGAUGAAAGUUUCGCAAUCGAUAGGAAACAAUUUCCAGCAACUUAAAAAGUUUUGCGCAGUUGGGCAACACCGCUCAAAAUUUAGCCGGUAAAUGGCGAUUCUCCUCAAACUUUGUGAGGGUUUUUUGGCGAAUUUUAUGGACUGUCCAGGAUUCUUUUGCUGAAACCGCGCAAUUUAAAGCGUUCUUUGAGCUCAAGCAAGAAAACACUAAAUAUCCAGAACCUUCCCAUCAUCUUUCACCUUCGCCCGUUCAGUGCCGGGGAGAAAUCGAAUCCGGCUGGACUACUGUAGCGUGGGACGACUUGGAUUGCUCAUGUAUAGGAAAUAUUAAUGAACUAAUGAAUAACUCUGCCAAUGUAUGCCUUAAAGUUUGCUUAAUUAUAUACAAUACAAGUAUUUAACUGAUA